AUGCAGUCAAUAUUUGCAAGGCACGGAAUACCCGAGACUGUAGUGUCGGAUAAUGGUCCGCAAUAUACGAGUGAAGUGUUUGUGAAAUUCGCAAAGGAAUAUGGAUUCUGCCAUGAGACUAGCAGUCCAUAUUACCCUCAAGGUAAUGGUGAGGCGGAACGCGCAGUGCAGACUAUCAAACGUGCGAUAAGGAAAGCAAACGAUCCAUAUCAGGCUUUACUAGCCUAUCGCGCAAUACAUCUAAAGUGCGGAUAUAGUCCAGCAGAACUUUUGAUAGGUAGGAGGUUGCGUACAACUCUCCCCGAAAACCCUCAAAACCUUACUCUAUGGCCAGACUUGGCUAAGAUCUGCGAAAGGGAGACUCGGGAACGAGCGAUGCAAAAGGAGAACUUUGACAUUUCCCAUCAGGCCAGAUCCUUACCUAAACUACAACCAGGUCAGACGGUAUGGGUAUGA